AUGGCGCCAAGGCCCGGCAGCCUCCCGGAAACCUUCCACGAGGCCCUCGUCGUCCUCCUGGGCUUUAGCCUGGGCAACCAGACCCAGAACUCCCGGAGGCAAUUCCUCUGCGGCGUGCGACUGGCCGCAACCUUACGGGAGGACGUCAGCCUUCCGUGUAAACAGUGCACCCAGAAAACCUUCCCAAGCCCAGCCGCCGGCCACGGCAGCCACGGCAGCGGCGGCAACGGCGGCAACGGCGCCGACCCCGCAAGUUGCGCCGGGCGACGAGGAGGGCGGAGGCGCGACCCCUUCGGGGCCAACCGCGCCCGGCGCUGA